GUUAUGAAACGCUUUCGGGAAGGUGGUUAUAACACAUUGGUUUCUACAUGUGUUGGUGAAGAAGGAUUAGACAUUGGUGAAGUAGACCUCAUUAUUUGCUUUGAUGCUCAAAAGAGCCCCAUUCGCUUGGUACAAAGAAUGGGUCGGACUGGCCGGAAGCGCCAAGGCAGAAUUGUGGUUCUCCUUGCAGAGGGACGAGAAGAACGGAACUACAACCAGAGUCAGUGUUCCAAACGGAACAUUUAUAAAACUAUUCUAGGAAAUGGCAACAAGUCCUUUCAGCUUUACUCCAAUAGUCCACGCAUGAUUCCUGAUGGUCUAAAUCCAGUUGCGCACAAGAUGCACAUAACUACUGGCGAGUAUGAAUCAAGCAGUGUAACAAAGUAUUCAUCAAAAUCAGGAAGAAAGUCUAAUAUUUUACUUCCAGAAUCAUUCACUUUACACAAAAGCCCAGCAAUAAAACCGACCAAUUGUAAAAAAGAUGGUUUGUUAACUCUAGAAGAAUUUGAAUCUUGGGACAGAAAAUUCCGAUUGAAAAGUGAAGAUUUAAGAACACCAAAAUUCAUGCCAAUUUCAUUUGAGUUUGUAAAAGAUGAGCCAGAAGCCACG